AUGUCAACGGUGAACUCGAUCCUCCUCUACGGUGCGGAGAUCUGGGCAGACUCCCUGAAGACUGAGAAGUACUGUCACGCGAUGACGACGGUACAGAGACGAAGCGCGUUGCGGAUCGCUUCUUUCUAUCGGACGGUCUCAGCACAGGCCGUCCUGGUGGUGGCAGGCGUGAUUCCCAUAGACCUUCUCGCGUUCGAGCGCAAGAGGGUCUACGGAAGAGACGCGGAUCUGACCCGACGGCACGCGGCAACGACGGAAAGAGACGCGACGAUACAGACGUGGCAGGAACGGUGGACGGAAGAAAAGACGGGAAACUGGACGAGACGACUUAUUAAGUACCUGAGACCGUGGAUCCAGAGGGGGUUUGGGGAUGUGAAUUUUUACGUCACCCAGCUUCCGACGGGCUACGGUUAUUUGAGACGGUUCAUACACAACUUGAACCGAGUACGGACGCCCAACUGUACGUCCCGCGGACACGAACGAGACGACGCGGAACACACGUUCUUCGAAUGCGACCGCUGGACAGAACUGAGACAUAGACUGGAGAAGGUCGUGGAAAGCAUCACUCCCGACAACAUUGUCGGCGUGAUACUCCAUAGUACAGAAAGGUGGCAACUUGUUGCCACCCACACAGAGACAAUCCUACGACGUACGAACGCGGACGGCUGCCUGACGUGA